AUGUUCUCAGGAUUGGGCAAUUCGGUGGGCAUUUUGACUGGGGACAUUCCCUAUGCUGGUGGUUUGAUUCAUACCACCGACGGUCUUUUCACUGUGCCUAUCAGCUUAUCCUCGACCUCUCAAUACAUUGGCCAGACGACAUUCACCUCCCUGACCAACGCAACAAACCAGACUUCGAUCUUGGAUUCAAUGCCGCUCGUUACAGUCUUUAUUCCAAGCAACGAAGCUUUCGCUGCAGUGAACGUAUCACCCACAUCGCCCAAUAUUGCUUCGGUCUUAUCGGGACACGUUUUGCAGAAUUUUGCAGGCUACCUUCCGGCACUGAGUAACGGCACCAGCUACAUCACGCAGGCUGGCACAACCGUCACAGUAGCCAUCUGA